GCGAAUUAUAAAGCCUUCUUCAAAUAAGAAAUCGACUGAAAGCUUUCAAUACACUUCAGGGGGAAAUUUAGUGAUUCCAUAGUUUCAAAUCGAAAUAAUGGCAGCGCUACGUGCUAAACUGGGUACUUCAACAUUAUGCGCAAGAAGGUUAUUUUUGCAGUCGGCGAACAAAUAUUCAAAAUUUUUGAGACAUAAUAUUGAAUCGGUUAAUCGUGGAAUCACUUCAUUUGAAGUAAUCAAACUAUCAGGUAAUUCUAAUGCAAUAAAACAGUACAGCACUGAAGCUACAGCAGCCGUCCCUGAAGAAAAACAGGUGGACACUGAAGAGAAACUAACAAGCACUCAACAAAGACAGACCGAAAUUGUGAAGGGUGAAUCAGAAAAAAAAGAAUUUCAGGCUGAAACUCGUAUGCUACUUGAUAUUGUUGCGAGGUCUUUGUACUCUGAUAAAGAAGUAUUCAUCAGAGAGCUAAUAUCAAAUGCCAGUGAUGCUCUGGAAAAAUUCCGGUACCUAACAGUCAGCUCAGCUCCUGAUGCUGGCCAGCUGCAAGAAACUGAUCGGCCAUUGGAAAUUCGUUUAACCACAGAUAAGCAAAAUCGAACUAUUAUAUUCCAGGACUCCGGUAUUGGUAUGACCAAAGAAGAACUGGUUCAAAACUUGGGCACCAUAGCUCGUUCAGGAUCUAAAUCUUUCAUUGAGGAAGUGAAGAAAACAGGAGCCAGUGAUGCAAAUAGCAUCAUUGGUCAAUUUGGAGUGGGAUUUUAUUCAGCCUUCAUGGUAGCUGAAAAGAUUGAAGUGUUUACUAAGAGCAGUAAGACUGGAUCUCUAGGUUAUAAGUGGAGUUCUGAUGGUUCUGGCACGUAUGAGAUUCAAGAAGCAGAUAAUGUACAAAUUGGAACCAAAAUUGUUGUGCACCUGAAAACAGACUGUCGAGAGUUCUCUGAUGAUGAAAGAGUCAAAAAUAUUAUUAUGAAAUAUAGCAAUUUUAUUAGCAGCCCCAUAUACCUGAAUGAGGAACAAAUUAACCAAAUUAAGCCCCUAUGGUUAAUGGAGCCGAAAGAAGUGACAAAUGAGCAACAUAUUGAGUUCUACAAGUUUAUUAGCAAUGCUUACGAUAAGCCCCGUUUCACACUUCACUAUAAAACAGAUGCCCCAUUAAGUAUUAGAGCUGUGCUCUAUGUACCUGAAGGAAAGCCAGGGCUCUUUGAAAUGUCCCGCGAUUCUGACGUCGGUGUCUCUUUAUACUCGCGGAAAAUAUUGAUCAAAAGCAAGGCUGAUAACAUUCUUCCUAAGUGGAUGAGAUUUGUUAAAGGUGUGGUUGACUCAGAAGAUAUUCCUCUAAAUCUUAGCAGAGAAUUGCUGCAAAAUAGUGCUUUAAUAACCAAACUUCGCACAAUACUCACCAAUCGUUUCCUUAAAUUCAUGGUAGAACAGUCUCAAAAAGACCCAGUAGCAUAUGAUUCAUUCUAUAGAGAAUAUUCUAUUUUCUUGAAAGAAGGUAUCGUCAUCAGUGACAAUUCGGUAGACAAGGUAAAUUGA